UUCCCAAUUAAAGGUACAUCCAAAUUUACUAUAAAAGCCUCGACAUUUUAUUCAUUCCUACCGACCCUACAAAACAAUCAUCACAUCUCUUCAAACGUCUACAUCGUCUACAACACUCUUCAUGCUCUGCCGUCUUCCAAUGGACCUCAACACCGGACUUUGGACCAGGAAGUCGUCAACGCUGUGCUCUCUGCUGCUGCUGCUCACCAUCGCCGCACUUGCAGUUCCUGGACAGGACAAAAGCGAAAUCGUCGGACUUGGCAGGCACGCAAAGGAUGGAAACAACCAAGUGACGCUCGACAACAACACCGUAAUUGCCAACAGGGCAAACUUCAACGACCUUGCUGAUUGUAACUUCAGGAAGCUGUAUCCGGACGCCUGCGAUGUUACAAUCGAAGACGACUACAUCGAGCUUCGGUACAACUAUGGUAGUAAUGGAUGCACUGUGGAUCUUCUCAGCAAGAGCGAGUCAAACAGCAACACCAUCAAGUUCACGACCGGAGUGAGAGGCCAUGGAGGAAGACUUCACAAAUGCCUUGACGAUAAUCUCAAUUUCGACAAAAGUCGUAAUAAUAUCCUACCUUUCGUCUACAGUGUGAACAACAAAGACAUCGAAAAGCUCAACAAUGGCCAGCACAGAAAUGACACAGCGUGCAGUGUGAACACAACUUGUGAUCGUAUGAUGAGCAAGUGCAUGCCGUGGACAUCUCUUGAAGUCUCAUGGAGCAGGGCUAUGGGACAAGCGUACGCUUUUACACAUCUAGGUGAGGAUCUUGUUUAUUUUUUAAUAUUCUUAUUUUAA